UUGUAAGUUGUACACAUAAAGAAACAAGCAGAAGAUAAUGAAAAACAAAGAGAACAAACUUAAAAAGUGAUAGUUGAUAAUGUUUUCUUUCACAGAUACCUCUAUCAUUAUUUCUACCAUCAACCACCAAUGACACCAUGAUCAACCCGGAGCAACAACAACCACCACCACCGCCAACUAGGCCGGUUCGUAAACUAGUAAUAGAGGUUGUAGAAGCACGAGACCUACUUCCGAAAGACGGGUUAGGCAGUUCAAGUGCGUAUGUUGUUGCAGAUUUUGAUGGCCAGAAGAAAAGAACUUCUACUGUCUCAAGAAGCUUAAAUCCUGUAUGGAAUGAGACUCUUGAAUUCGUGGUGGCGGAUCCGAAUACAAUGGAAUAUGAAGAGUUGGAGAUAGAGGUGUUUAAUGACAAAAGAUUGAGUAAUGGCAGUGCUCGAAAGAAUCAUUUUCUUGGGAGAGUUAAGAUUUAUGGAAGUCAAUUUGCACGAAAAGGAGACGAGGGCUUGAUCUAUUUCCAGUUGGAGAAAAAAAGUGUUUUUAGUUGGAUUAGAGGUGAGAUUGGAUUAAGAAUUUAUUACUAUGAUGAUGUUGAUAUUGCAGGUGGGCAAGAUCCAAAUAACCCAAACAACGAAAAUGCUCAACCGCCUCCUUCUGAGAAGGAUGGGGUGCCUCCACAACUGCACGAGGUACGAGUCAUGGAAGUACCUCCGCAUAUGGAAGGCGCCACAGAGAAUUUACAUCAACCACCCAUGGUUCCUGUAGAGGAAGGUCAAGGUCAACCCCCUCCGGUAACCGUGGAAAGUAGUCAACAACAUCAUUAUCAAAAUCAACAACACAUGAUGAACCAGGGGAUGCCUACUCCUCCCCCGGUUCAUCCAGAAUAUCCACCAUCAGAAAUGAAAAGAAUGCAAGCAAGUAGAUUAGGGACCGGAAUGAGAGGUGAAGAUCGGGUUAAGGUUUUGAAACGCCCUGAAGAUUACUCACCUCGAGUAAUCCCAAGAAGAUCCACAAAUGCGGAAUCUGAAAGACUCCCGGCUUAUGAUCUAGUCGAACCAAUGCAAUAUCUAUUUGUUCGAAUAGUAAAAGCUCGCGGGCUCUCCCCAAACGAAAGCCCUUAUGUCAGAAUCGGCAAUUCGGUUAGAUCAAAGCCGGGGAUUCCAAAACAAGGCGAACCCCCAUCCAAUCCAGAAUGGCAUCAGGUUUUCGCUUUGACAUACAACAAAACCGAAUCUGAGAAUGCAAACACUCUCGAGAUCUCAAUCUGGGACGCGCAGUCAGAAAACUUCCUAGGAGGAGUUUGUUUCGAUUUGUCCGAUGUUCCUGUUCGUGAUCCUCCCGACAGCCCGUUAGCUCCACAAUGGUAUCGUCUCGAAGGCGGGGAUGAUCCGAAUGCUGCAGGGAGGGUUUCCGGGGAUAUACAGUUGUCUGUUUGGAUUGGGACUCAAGCAGAUGACGCGUUUCCGGAAUCUUGGAGCUCGGAUGCCCCGUAUGUUUCGCAUACCCGGUCAAAAGUGUAUCAAUCUCCUAAACUUUGGUAUCUGAGGGUGACUAUAAUGGAAGCUCAGGAUCUUCAAAUUGCGGCGAAUUUGCCGCCUUUGACCGCCCCUGAAGUAAGAGUGAAAGCCCAGUUGGGGUUUCAGUCUGUACGGACAAGAAGAGGUGCGAUGAAUAACCAUACGGCGUCGUUUUACUGGCAUGAAGAUUUGGUUUUUGUUGCUGGUGAGCCUUUGGAAGACAGUUUAAUUUUACUGUUAGAGGAUAGAACCGGGCCGGAUCCGGUACUGCUGGGACAUGUUUUGAUACCUGUUGCUGCAAUUGAGCAACGAAUAGAUGAACGACAUGUGGCGGCCAAGUGGUUGUCAUUAGAAGGUGGUCCCGGGGGGUCUUAUUGUGGUAGGAUUCAUUUAAGGAUGUGUUUGGAAGGUGGGUAUCACGUGCUGGAUGAGGCGGCACAUGUAUGUAGUGAUUUUCGGCCCACCGCGAAACAGUUAUGGAAGCCACCGAUAGGGGUUUUAGAGGUUGGGAUCCUUGGUGCUCGUGGGUUGCUUCCGAUGAAACCGCGGGGUGGUGGCAAAGGGUCGACGGAUCCUUAUUGUGUUGCUAAAUAUGGAAAGAAAUGGGUGAGGACACGAACAAUUACUGACAGUUUUGACCCGCGGUGGAACGAGCAGUACACGUGGCAGGUGUAUGACCCGUGCACGGUUUUAACCAUUGGGGUAUUUGACAACUGGCGUAUGUUUGCUGAUAUGGCAGAGGAAAGACCGGACUUUCGGAUAGGGAAGGUCCGAAUACGAGUAUCAACAUUAGAGAGUAACAAGGUAUACACUAAUUCUUAUCCUUUAUUAGUUUUGCAACGAACCGGGUUGAAGAAAAUGGGGGAAAUCGAGGUGGCGGUACGGUUUGCUUGUCCGUCAUUGCUGCCAGACACGUGUGCAAUUUAUGGUCAACCUAUACUUCCUCGAAUGCACUAUUUGCGUCCACUUGGAGUGGCCCAACAAGAGGCAUUACGUGGGGCUGCCACAAAAAUGGUGGCGGCCUGGCUUGCAAGGUCAGAGCCGCCACUAGGUGCUGAAGUGGUUCGAUACAUGUUAGAUGCGGAUUCACAUACAUGGAGUAUGAGAAAGAGUAAAGCAAAUUGGUUCCGAAUUGUGGGUGUACUCGCAUGGGCAGUCGGGUUGGCGAAAUGGUUAGACAACAUUAGAAGGUGGAAGAACCCAGUUACUACGGUUUUAGUUCAUUUGCUAUAUUUGGUUCUUGUUUGGUACCCAGAUCUAAUAGUCCCAACUGCAUUUUUAUACGUGUGUUUGAUUGGAAUUUGGUACUAUAGAUUUCGACCCAAAUCACCUGCAGGUAUGGACAUCCGUUUAUCUCAAGCAGAAACGGUUGACCCGGAGGAUUUAGAUGAAGAAUUUGACUCGUUUCCAAGUUCAAGACCACCUGAGCUAAUCCGUGCCAGAUAUGACCGGUUAAGAAUGUUAGCUGCUCGGGUCCAAACUGUGUUAGGUGAUUUUGCAACACAAGGGGAGAGGAUCCAAGCUUUGGUGAGUUGGAGAGAUCCAAGAGCUACAAAACUAUUCAUUGGGGUGUGUUUUAUGAUCACGGUCGUGCUAUAUGUGGUGCCACCAAAGAUGGCAGCCGUGGCUCUUGGAUUUUACUUCCUACGACACCCAAUGUUCAGGGAACCAAUGCCGCCGGCUAGCCUAAAUUUCUUUAGAAGGCUUCCAAGUUUAUCGGAUAGGCUAAUGUAGUGAUGAGAAUGAUACACACAAUAAGGCUUGUUUUGGGGUAAAUUUGCCCCUGCACAUUGGGUGCUCCAGAUUUUCAAUGUUUUGCGAUGAAAAUAUGUUGAGCUUCAAUAAGUUGUAGUAAAAUAUAUAAAGUGUUAGAAGUGACCUUAAGAUGGCUAAAGAAAUGAGUGUAACUGAGAGUAAA